AUGGAGGAAACCAGACAACCAAGUGUAAACUGCCAGAAGCUUUCAGAUAGAGAGCAAAACAUAACCUUGAUUGAUAGGCUGAGCAGCUUGCCGGACGAAGUCAUAUGCCACAUUCUCUCUUUCCUCCCGACUAAACGCUCGGUGACGACCAGCGUUCUCGGAAGAAGAUGGAGGUUUCUAUGGGCCCAUGUACCCAGUGUGAACUUCAGUGGAUGCGAUUUCUAUUUCAGGGAAGAAGGAACAGAAGCUUUGGAUAUCAUCCACAGGUUUGUAUUGCAGCAGAAGGCGAAAAACAGAAUGGAUACUUUAACACUCUGUGACCUCCGCUGCAACGAGUAUCAACUGGAGACAUGGAUUACGAUCGCCAUCGACUGUAGUAUCCGGAAUCUUUAUCUUGAACUUAAAUUCAAUACAAUCCCUCGAUCCAACUUCAUCAGCAAAACCAUUGUAGACUUGAAGCUUGAUAUUAGAAGAGUGUCACUCUCUGCUAUGGACAAUGUCUCUCUGCCUAGCCUCAAGAAGUUACAUGUUUCUAAUGUUGUGUGUGAGAAUGAUGAUGCGCUUCCUCACUUUCUUUCUAACUGUCCGUCUCGAGGAGUUGAUUAUGGAAUUCAAAUUUGUGGUGAAAGAUGA